CGUUGUCUUCCUUGCAUGCAGAUGAGUCCAUGUGGUGCAAUCUAGUGCAUGGACUGUAAUAUAAAUUUCUAUCAAUGCUAUCAGUAUUCUUGUUGGACCUUGAACCGAACAACCAAGUUCAGCUCUGAGCGAGAUCAUUGUGUUACUAACGUGAUUGCCGUCAUCGCCAACGGAUUCGUGUCUCAAACCAUCCCGUGCUGGUCCUGCCCUCCACCCGUGAUGAAUUGGGAUAGCAUCCCAUUUUUGUCGGUGGCCGAAUUAACGGCUCAACUCUCGACUCAGCCGGAAAUCCGUCAAUUCUUGGCCCAAUAUCAUUCGGAUCCGCUGGAUCGCUCCGUAACCGUGCAAGAAUGGUACAAAUUUGCCAAGAGCCAGCCUCAGCGGGUGCGGUUGGUGGAGGCUGAUAUUCCCUCAGGGAUUUUGCCAGACCGUGUCCAAGGAGACCUGCGGGACUUCAAAGUGAGUGGUCCCCGGAAAGGCCGGGUGCCCGAUGAUGCUAUGUACAAUCGGCAUGAGGAUCUCCGGGAAAAGGUGGCCCGAGGGAACACAGUCAUGUACUGGCACGACCACCAACAGUCAACGGUCACAUACGAUUGUCUGAUCUUCGCCUUGCGAAAAUUCACGGGAGGUAUGGGUGACGAGGACGAGAAUCAACCCGAUGACCAGAAAACCUGGCUGAAGUAUUUCCUACGCCCCGUGGAGCAGACGGCUCGAAUCGUGUGCACGGAAAAGGCCAAUGGUGAGGCGGCACAUUUCAGCGCUCGAUUCAUUAAGGACCGAUUUAUCGUCGCCGCCGGGUCUAAAAAUGUCCACUUGGUGUGCCGAACCUAUGCAGAUAUCGCCAAAUAUUCGGACAGUCGCUACAUGGUGGCGAAAACCGUGGCCGAGAGCACUUUGGACCUGAUUCGUUCGCUCAGCCCUGAGCACGCCUCGAUCCUCCUCAGCUUCAUGCAUCAUACGCAAGUCACGGGCGUGUUUGAAGUGCUGCAGCCCCAUUAUCAACACGUGGUCGAUUUGUCCCACUUAAAAAGCUCGCAAAUGAAUUUCAUCUGUUUUACUUUACCCUAUGGGAUAGAGUCCAAAAAGAAUCAAGAAAGUCUUUGUGCCUUAAGUCCGGACAAAAGUUUGGAUUUCGCCCGAUCCCUUGGCAUGAUCACUAUCGAUUACGAAACGAUCGACGCCGACCAAGGGGAGACCCGCAUGGACCUCGUUCGUCAAGGCUAUGGGAGAGAAGGGGAGGUGUUCUAUUACGUGGAUGCCAAGGGACACGUAAUAGGUUUGCUAAAGAAGAAGACGGCUUGGUAUAUUCUUUGUCGAGCCAUCAGGGAAAAGGCCAGCCAUGCUGUGUUAGAUUACAUCAAAGGCAGAGGAGCCAAUUUUGAUGAAUCGGACCGGAUCAAAAAGCUCAAAAGCCGGAUUCAACAAAUUCAAACCUGGUUGGGGUUUGACGACGAGUACCGUGGCAUAUGGCAAGAGCUAGGGUCCCAAUUCAUCACCUGGUUGCUUGCUAGAGCGGCAAAGAAUGAGGUUCAGCCGGACAAAGUGCGUGGAUUCUUUCCUGGGCUGUGGAACCGGUUCCUUUUGGAGACCAACAAUUCAGACCGGGUGGAAUGGCGGGCAGUUUAAUGACAAGGAGGAGUUCUUUAGGGAAAGAGCAUUCAUACCACCAAAAUGUUGUUCACAGUUUUUGUUAUUUAAAAAGAAAAAACAAUAAACCUAAAAAAUAGAAGAUAAAUAUGCAGAA